AUGGACGCUAGCGCUGGUUCAAAAAGGACUUGCACCUCAAUCUCCUCGAUUCUUACUCACAUAAAACGUCUACUCGUAAUCGCUUCGAUGCUCAACAAAACCACCGAACUUCUGAAAGAGUUCUCCGUCAAGAAGAGGCAGGACAUAUUUCGAGAAAACAAACUUCUUCAGCUCGGUAUCAACUACCGUGGCGCUUCUCUCGUAUCGGACGAACAGUAUACCGACAAGGACGAAAUAUUCAACCACACUGCGAGCACCGUCAGUCGGUUUGAUUUGUUCAGACUUAUUCGACGCAGAGGGACGCAGAGGGACAUGCUUAUUCGGGCUAUGAUAUCGCUUAUGACUAGGACUAGUGACACCCCGACGAUAUUCAUCGUUCGCCCAGACGGAUAUAUCGGUGCUCUAAUCGGCAAGACCUUCGAAACAUUCGCUAUAUGUCGGCAUAGUCCUGCCCUCAUCAAGGAUGGAUUUCUCCACUCAUGGCCAGUAACGAUAAUCAAUAGGAGGAGCUACAAAAGAUGGCAACAUGUUGUCUUUCAUAGCAUGUCUGUUAACGUCUUAAUCGUCGGCGCUGGCCCAUCUGGCCUCAGCUUAGCUCUUUUGCUUCUACGUAAUGGCCUUUCUGUCCGAAUUGUGGAGAAACAGCUUCAGUUCCAUCCUGGAGAACGAGGAGCCGGGAUACAACCGCGAACUUUGGAACUAUACAAACUUUUAGGCAUUUUGCCAGACAUCAUUGAUAGAAGCUCUCCUCCACCUACAAACUUGAGAAGUUUUGCUAUGCCAGACGAUGGCAAACCUCCGAAUCUCACUCCUAUAGCGCAAUCUCUAGUCAAUACUCCGGAUCGCCCUCUGAUUAACGCACGUAUGCUAGGUCAAAAUCGUCAGGAGCAACUUCUUCGAGAACAUAUUUUUGCGGAUUAUGGCAUUCAAGUUGAAUUAGGCACAGAACUCUUCGGAGCCGAUGGAGCUCGGGGCGUUGUUCGCAAGCAGUUAGGAUUAACGUUCCUAGGAGAAAGUCCUGAGAUGGACGCCGUUACGGGCGAUAUCUAUGUCCUAGGAGAUCCUCUGGACCAUCUUGACUUUUCGAUCUGGAGACAGUCAGAUCAGGCAGAGCCAGUCAUUGUUUCCAUGCGGCCAUGCGCGGUACAAGGGAAAAACCUGUAUCAAUUCCUGAUUGGUGGAGGAAAACGAAAAUUAGACAUUGACAAGAUAUCCUCCGGCCGCAAAGAAAUGGUAAAGGCCUUCCAUGAGCUCACCGGGAGGCGGGACAUCGAAUUUGGAGAGUUAGUAUGGAUGGGGUUGUGGCGACCCAACAUUCGGAUGGUGGACAGAUUUGGGGAAGGCAGAGUAUUCUUGGUGGGAGACGCAGCCCAUGUCCACAGUCCCACUGGCGGACAGGGUAUGAACUCAAGUGUGCAAGAUUCUUUCAAUCUUGCGUGGAAGCUUGCGCUGGCGCAAAAAAAGCUCGCCCCUCAGUCUCUCCUCAAUUCUUACUCGCAAGAACGCCUACCUGUGAUAGCGGCAAUGCUCAACAAAACUACUGAACUUUUCCAGAAAGAAUUUGUUGGUAAAGUAGGUCAGAAACAGGAAUUUGUGCGAGGAUAUGAACUUCGUCAGCUCGGUAUCAACUACCGUGGCGCUCCUCUCGUGUCGGAUGAAAAGUAUACCGACAAAGACGAAGUGAAUGACCCGUACCGUUCAGGAGAUGAUGGCACUGUCCGAGCCGGAGAUCGAGCCCCAGAUGCCCCUUGUCUAGCACAGCUGGGUGUUAAUGAGACUUCUAGCACCGUCAGUCUCUUUGACUUGCUCAACACGACGCAGCAUAGUGCAUUGGUUUUCCCUGGUUCUACAGGACGGGACUUCGCUGAUGAAGUUUCAGGAACCCUUCGUGAAUAUCCUUCGAAUCUCCUGAAGAGUAUUUUCAUUCUGCCGCGUACUUCUUCUGCUUCUUCCUUCACUUUAUCCGACAUGACUUUGGUCGACACAGAGGGACAUGCUUAUUCGGGGUACGAUGUCGCUCAUGACACCCCGACGGUAUUUAUCGUUCGCCCAGACGGAUACAUUGGUGCUUUAGUCACUAGUGGAAGGCUGGGAAUUCGCAAUUAUUUCUCGAAUAUUUUUCUGUGA